UACGUUUAUUAGGUCACGAAGCGACAACUGGGAUUGACUUGUGGCUUUCUGCCCUGCAAUUCUUUUUCACCAACUACGCCCCACAUCCCCACCCACGGACAGGGGAGGCAGCCCCCAGACAGCCGGGCUUCCAGGACUGCUGAGGCACCCAUCCCACCUGGCUACAACCUCUCUAAACCCCACUUCGAAACUGGAUUAGGAUCCGCCUCGACAGACGCAGCAUCGCAGCGGAGAAAGAAAAAGCGCUGCACCUGGUCCCUCUUGGGGUCUGCCAUCCUCGGGACUCCUGGGUCCCUCGGGCUCAGGGCCUUGGGGGCAUAAAUGACUCAAUCCAUCUACCGACCAGCCUCGAUCUCCCUCCCCUGUGGGACUUAAACCCCCAAGUAGUUUCAGGUUAAUUUUUUACUUAGAGACCGCGAUUCUGAAUCCAGAGUGGGAAAACUGAGACAGAAAAAGGGGUUCUGCGUGACGGGUCAGACCCUGGAGGUACCUUUCGAAAAGCCCCAGACUGCUCAAGCCAAACCAAGAAGAAACCCCUUGGGUCCUGGCAGGAAGACGGAGAGAGCAAGGCACCGCCCACGCGACUGGGGAAACUUUGGGGCCGUGCCGGGGGCGGGGUCCUAGUGGAGGGCGGGGCAGACCAGGACCGCGGGAGUGCCAGCCUAGGCUUGCACAGCAGAGGUGGCAGAGGUGGCCCUCGCCUGUGGUCUCAGUUCUGCUUGUGCGCGACUUUGGCACCAUGGAGGGGACCCAAGAAGCUCUGAGUGGGAAAAUGCGGCUCCUUUUCACCCCUGCUGCUCGGACCAGCCUCCUGAUGCUCAGGCUCAACGAGGCGGCACUACGGGCACUGCAAGAGUGUCAGCAGCAACAGGUACGGCCAGUGAUUGCUUUCCAAGGCCACCGAGGGUAUCUAAGGCUCCCAGGCCCUGGAUGGUCCUGCCUCUUCUCCUUCAUAGUAUCACAGUGUGGCCAAGAGGGCACUAGUGGUGGCUUGGACCUUGUGUACCAACGCUUAGGCAGAUCUGGGCCUAACUGUCUCCACUGCCUGGGCUCACUCAGAGAGCGACUCACUAUUUGGGCAGCCAUGGAUACUAUCCCAGCUCCACUGUUAGCUCAGGAACACCUGACUGAAGAUACUAGAGAGUCCAAGAGUUGGCAGGAUGCAGGAGAUGAUCCUGAAGGCCAUCCCCAGAUGGCACUAGAAGAGGUGUCUGAUCCACUGGCAAGCAACCAUGAACAAUCACUCCCAGGAUCCUCCAGUGAGCCCAUGGCACAAUGGGAAGUGAGGAACCACACCUACCAACCAAACAGAGAGCCGGACCAGCCACUGCCUUCCCCUGCCAGCCAGAAACGCCUGGACAAGAAGCGUUCAGCACAUAUAACCACUGAAGAACCAGAAGAAAAGAGGCUCAGAGCUCUGCCUCUAGUGCCAAGUCCGCUCCAAGGGCUAUCAAAUCAGGAAUCACAAGAGGGAGAAAACUGGGUGCCUGAUGAAGAUGAAGAUGGAGAUUCCAGGCUGGAGCAGAGUCUCUCAGUUCAAACAGCCUCUGAAUCCCCAAGCCCUGAGGAGGUGCCAGAUUAUCUCCUGCAAUACAGAGCCAUCCACAGCGCAGAGCAGCAGCAGGCCUAUGAACAGGACUUUGAGACAGACUAUGCUGAAUACCGAAUCCUGCAUGCCCGUGUUGGGGCUGCCAGCCAGAGGUUCACAGAGCUGGGGGCGGAGAUCAAGAGACUUCAGCGAGGAACUCCAGAACACAAGGUGCUAGAAGAUAAAAUAGUCCAGGAGUAUAGAAAGUUCAGAAAGCGGUAUCCGAGUUACAGGGAAGAGAAGCAGCGCUGUGAGUACCUGCAUCAGAAACUGUCCCACAUUAAAGGUCUCAUCCUGGAAUUUGAGGAAAAGAACAGGGGCAGCUGAAACUCCAGAGGACUCUUGAGCCUGUCCCCAGUGAUGAACAAAACAGCUACCAGAUGGAACACAUUUGAUUUUCUGAGUUUGGCCCUUCCGUCCAUGGUGGCAAGUAGAGUCAUGCUAGGUUCUUGAAGUUUGAUUUUUGUUGUUGCCGUAAAUGUUUGAGGGUGUGGGCAUGGAGUCAAGUCUCCUCAAUUGUGCCCAGGAGACUAGGAAAGUAGCAGAUGCUUGGCUUCUUCAACUUUACCUCAGCAAAGUCAUUUUCAGACCCUGAAAAAUGACAUUUCCAGGUCAACACACACUUUGAGAAUAUUAAAUGAGUUUAGCUGAGUGACCUUGAAGGAGUGAAAUGAGAACUUGUGUUACAGCAUACCUAGAUGUAAGGGAAAGGGCUUGCUUGGAGUUACUGCUACUGUAGUUAACAUGGCUGAAAAAUGAAAACCAAUUGCUUCUG